GGUGGCGCUGGGUGUUUUCUUCUUCCCGUCAUUCACACUUGAUAGUUUUUUACUUUUUACAUUUCGGUAGUUUAGUUGGCUGUAAAAUUAUUUUCGUAAUGGCUGCCACGCUAAAAGUGUAGCUCAUUGGUUAUGUCAUGUAUAUAAAAUCAUUAUUCGUAAGUGUUACAUGUGUAAUUCAACAAGUGUUAUGAACAAUGAUCGCAUGAAAGGAGUCUUAGUCUCAUUCUCGCAGGGACGUUUCUUCUUUCAUGUUUCCUUUUUUGGCAAUUAAGUUAUGGACUCGGCGUUUGUGUACUAUAUGUAAUAAAAACAUAAUCUAUGCGUCGUGAAAAGUGUUCUCUGGGACCAUAUUGAGUGGAAAGUGUUUCGAGAGAGUUGAAAAUGACGGAUACGCGUUCGUCGUCUGCGUUGUUCAAGCGCGCGGAGCAGCUGCGGCGAUGGGAGGAAUCCGACACCAAUAAACAGAGCCCGACUCCUAAGCGGGCGUCGAGGAUCCAGUUUUCCUCCGGGAUCGUGUUCCUGGCAGCAUGCACGUCGGGCGACAAGGACGAGGUGCAGCGACUCCUGAAAGCGGGAGCCGACAUCAACACUGCGAACGUGGACGGGCUGACAGCUCUGCACCAGGCAUGCAUCGACGACAACCUAGACAUGGUGGAGUUCCUCGUGGCGCACGGCGCGGACGUGAACCGCGGCGACAACGAGGGCUGGACGCCGCUACACGCCACCGCAUCCUGCGGCUUCCUCAGCAUAGCCAGGUAUCUCCUGGAGAGCGGAGCUGACGUCGCAGCAGUGAAUUAUGACGGCGAACUAGCGGUCGACAUCGCCGAGAGCGACGCAAUGGAGCAGCUGCUACAGAAGGCUAUCGAUGAGAAAGGCAUCGAUUGCGAGAAAUCUCGUAACGCCGAAGUGGACAACCUGCUCAGCGACGCCAAGAAUUGGGCAGCGAAUGGCUACGUCGAGGUCAGGGAUCCCAAGACCGGCGGCACACCACUUCACGUCGCCGCCGCUAAGGGUUAUAUUGAUGUGGCCAAGAUGCUGUUGGAAGAGUGUGGCGCGGAACCCGACUGCGUAGACUACGAGGGUUGGACGCCAUUGCACGCGGCAGCGCUCUGGGGCCAGAAGGAAGCCGCCGCGCAACUGCUCAAGUGUGGGGCCGAUCCGCAUCUCAAAAACUACUCGGGCCAAACCUGCAUGGACCUAGUGGACCCGAGCAUAUCGUCGUGGCUCGCCGACGCCACCCUCAAGGCGCCGCGUCGCGUCAACAAUAACAACAAACGCAAGCUCUCGCCACCCCGGCACGAGGUCAAGCGGGUCGAGCUACAGAUCACAGGGGACGUGGUGAAUGACAAACCGCCCGCGCCGGAGAUCAUUAAGGACAGCAAGCCGCCUAAGGGGCGCGCACCUUCACCCGAUGCUGAGGAGGAGGCGCCAUCAUGGCGGCGCACGGCCAGCUUCAGGAAACAGGAGGUCACACGCGAGAACAAACCAGCGAACAACGCCGUGGACAACGACACCAUACUCAGGAGGACGCACAGUUUCGAAAACGACAAGACUUUCUAUCAGCGCUACCGCGACGUGACGGCGCGUAUAAAGGCCUCCUCCUGCCCCUCUAUACCUCCGCCGCCGCUCGCUGAGAAGGAGACUAAUGAUACUAACGAGGAUGUGCAGACAAGAAUAAACUCGACGGCGGAGAAGCGAGAGCGAGACGCCAACACAUGGAGUUUCACGUCCACCGCCGCCAACACCAACACAACCAACACCAACACCAAUACCACAACACAGACCACUGUCAGGAGCUCCUCGGACGCGGAGAACAGUAGCAAUUCCACUUCGAGCUCGGCGACGCCCACCAAACUGUCGCCCGGGAACAUUUUCAAGAACUUCUUCAAGUCAUUCGUGCCGCCAGUGCGCGACGAGGAAAGCGAGACGCAACGAAAGGCGCACGCCAAGCGAGUGAGGGAGACAAGGCGAUCGACGCAGGGCGUCACGCUCGAUGAGAUCAAAUCCGCAGAGCAGCUCGUGAAGAAAAAGACUGGCAAUGGCACCACAGAGUCGCCCCCGCCAGCUAGUCCCAAGAAAGAAGAACCUUCACCGGCCCCCGUUGAAAACAACUCGACGCGGGACGUAGCGGUCACCGUCGCGCUGGCGUGCGCGACCGCCACCGCCACCGCGACCAUCGCGCCGCACGAGCGCCGCCCGUCGUGGCGGCUCCGGCUCGACCCGACCAAUAAGUUUGAGCUGGAGGAUGCGGGUCGGCCGCGCUCUACGGACGCAACCGUCACGCUGCCGCUGCGGCGCCCGCCCGCCGCGAGCACGGCCAACACCGCCUCGCCGCCGUCCAAGGAGGAGAGUCGCGCUGGCGAAGAUGAAAAAGAGCGAGAAAGCAGUUCGGAGAGCAAAUCAUCAUCGAACGCAUCCCCCGCGAGCACGCAGGCCGCGAUGAACGUGAUCCAGCGCCGGCGCAGGCCCAAGCGGCGCUCCACCGGCGUAGGCCACGUCGACAUGGACGACAUUGUGAAUGAUCGCGGCGGGGGCGGAGAAGGAGAUGGCGAAACAGAAACUGUGCAGUCGGGAAGCGAGCGCACAGAGGACGGCGAGGAUCUCGACUACAAGGCGCUAUACAUCGCGUCCUCCAGCGAGGUCCGCCGCCUGCGCGCCCUGCUAGCCACCUCCGAGCAGCAGCUGCGCGAUGCGCGCGCCACAAUAGCGCGCACCAGCCAAGUGAAUCAAAAUUCGCUCUCAGACAUCGAGAAACGUGAGAAACGAGCAAUGGAGAGGAAACUAUCCGAAAUGGAGGAGGAAUUAAAGCAAUUGCAAAAGCUAAAAGCCGAGAACGAACGGCUGAGGGCCGAGAAUCGCGCCCUGACGCGGGUGGUCAGCAAGCUUACAAACUCGGCCACGAAAUAGUACCAACAAGCGCUCCAAGCCGAAAACCAGCGGCUAAAGGACGAGAACGGAGCCCUAAUCCGAGUGAUCAGCAAACUGUCCAAGUGAGCGCGGGCUUGCACAGGGUGGCAUUUGAACAGUAUUUAGCGGCACUAUCCUUUGCUCAUAUCAAGUGGUACCUAGUCUAGCUUCACACCGCAUAAUAUGUUAUCUGAAGUAGGCCUGAUGUGUUUUAAUCUGGAGAUGUGUUCGAAUGAUGAGUUCUAGCCGUUCUACUUGAAUCACUAAUAUUGGUCCGAUUUAUAUUUGAAAUUAAUUUAUAUUGAAGUAUUGUGUUACUCACGUCUUUAAAAACAGUUGCGUUGACACGAAUCCGUAAACUUAAGAGAAAAGCGGAUAGUUGCUUUUUGUAGUCUCUCCGAUUUUUCUUUUUUCCAAAGUUGUUAAAUAAAAAAAAAAAAAAAAAUAAGUCUAGUUCAUCAUUAUAGUCUACAAAAUCGCUGAAAAGAAAUAAACGUCCACCUCAAAAUACCUCAUUAAUUGUAAGAGGAUCAGUACCCUGGUUUAAUUAGUAUCACCAUGACAUUUCAGUCUCGAGAGUAAAACACGUCAGGUAAUAUAAAAUGAACUAGUAUCAGAAUCAGAGGUCCCCUUUGGUUGUCCUUUACGUGCCUCGCCUGACUCAUUGAUCUGGACUCGAAAAACGUUUUCAAAAUUUCGGAAAGAUGUGUAAAAUUUUGACGAAGAUCAACUGAAACAGAAACCGGCUAUUGCGUGAGAAAAUAAAACAUAACGGGUGUUCAAAACAUUCGGAUAGUCAUUUUAUUGGCGAGAUUAAAACUAUGGAUGAGAUCGUCAUAGUAUCUUAUUUUCCGCGAUAAAUAUCUUACCAAUUUUUAUAGAAUAAUUGUAAUUUUACAAACACGAAAACGAAGCAUAAUCUGGUUUUCUGUUGUCCAAAAGAUUGUCCAAUAUUUGCAUUUUUUUUACAUAUUAACUAAGAAAACCUUAAGGCAAAGAGAGAGAGUGACGUGUUACUGACAAUAAUAUGUAUGAAUUCAGGCAGGCUAAGUAUACGACGGUCAUUGAGAUGGUUUACUCAAAAGUGGGAAAAAUUAGCUUUUUAGGGUGUCACUGCGCGUAUCUAUGCCGAAUCGACUUAAGCAAUGAGCACGAAGCAAAACUAAUUGCAAUUAGGUAUAUCGCAUUAUAAGGAAAUAAAUAUGUUUCUGUUCAGUUUAAGCCGAUAUUACGGCUAUGAAAAAUAUGGUGACACUCUUAAAACCCUUCGCGCAAUGUUUAUUUUGCAUACAUCAGUGAAUGCGGACGAGCAUUGGCAGAUAUAUGUCCGUAUUGUCCGUGCCGCGGUGUGAAGUUAUAUUCCGUUUGUAUUUCUGUUUGUUAACUCUAGUUGUAUUACAGUCGGCCGAAUAUUUCGACCGGCUCUUGCCACAAUAUUUGUAACCUGAUGAAUUUUUUUAAUGAUAAUGUUUCAAUUGACGACCGAAUAUCAAAUUAUUAAUUAUUGUGAGUUGAUUUUUUAUUCAAAAAUGCAUUAUAAAAAUUAAAUUAUUAAAUGCAUUAUUUUGAAACCAAAUAAUAUACAAGAAAACGAUCGUCGAUUUACAUUAUUUAUUAAUGAAAUGUCAUCGGACAAUUACUCAAAUCAACUUAAAAAUAUUUUAUUCGUCAUUAUCAUGAAAUUAUUUUUGUAAGGCAAAAUGUAUUUAUGUUGAAAGUGGUAUCAAUUAGGAUCAGUGUCUGUAGAUUGUAAUUAAGAUUUUCAUUAACUAAAAAAAAAAACAAAUGUGCCUCUAUUGAUUCUUCCUUUUACGUUAUAAAGUAUUAUAAUAAUAUAUUUAUUGUCAGACGUACUUAGGGACAGGUCGGUGCGGGGUCGUGUGCCCUAAUCUCAGUACACCGAAAGAAAAAAUAGAACAGUAAUCUUAUAAUGAAACUCCGAUAUGUUGUACUAAGUAAGAGUCAAGCCAGCCGGGUAUAGUGGGUAUAGUCCCGUUUAUCCACUACAAUUUUAUCCUACAACUAAAGCUUAGAAAACUUGACUGUUGCGUUCGCCGUAAUCUACGAAUAGUGUAAAGUAUCUAUUGCGUGACAGUUCAUGUCAUGUUUCUUCAAAUGUUCGUUGAAUUAUAUAAGCGAUAUUUGGUUGACAAUCGUAAUGUAUAUUUGUAUAAGAGUAUUUGACAUCAUCUCUUCCUAUUAUAUUAUGAGAUUAGAGUUAUCGAAAUAAUGACAUUAAUACUACUGUCUGUGCAGUCACCUCCAGUAUUUGAGCGGGCGACUGUUAAAUGUGAUUUUUAUAAAACUUGACAUGAACUUAUACAAACUUUUUUAUACACGUUAGAACUAUGAUUCAUUGAGUUCCCCGCUUAGAUGUAAGUGGCGGUGACAUCGGCUUACAAAUCAUUUGUUUCACAAAGGUUCCAAAUCAGUUGUAAACAUUCAUGUGACCGGUCCCGUUGUGAAGUAAGUGUUGAAUGAAUGGUAAUACGCCGUCCCUAUAGAGUCCGCAGUGUUGACCCUGAUGUAUUCCUAGAUAAUAUAAGACGUGUAAAGUAGAUUAGUUUUAUGUUACUAUAAAUCGCGCUGCUGCGCCUAAUAAUUUCGUGUAGUUAUAUAUAUCUCGAAUUACUAAUAUCUAUUUAUAUACGCAUAGUGUUUUUAAGCAAUAGUUGAAAAUUGGAAAUGUGAUAUGUUAAUUUUGUACGCACUGAUAAGCAUGUUAUAUGAAUUUAUUUGUUUUCUCUUGUGUAUAUUUAAUGUGAGCAUCGGACUUUGAACGUUUCGGGGCCAUUCGAAGGACUCCUGGUAUUAUAUUAUUCAUGGACUAUGGAGUUACAUUACUAUUAUGACCAGAACAAUACUUAACUAGCACGCGUUAAUAUGAUUACAAUUAUAUGCUUAUGGGAUAUCGAAGGUCCUACUCCUAACUAUAUAACGAUAAACUAUGCAAAUACUAUCUUAAAGUUACACGCUUUUUGCAACGCGGGACUUUACAUUUGUGACAAUAAUAUAGGAACCCCGACCCCUCAGGUGGGUAUUUGUAUAGUUUUGGCUGAGCGUGGGCGAGGUAGAAUAUAGUAUGGAGGAUUUAACAUUGUGUGUAUCAAGUCGUAAGCGCAAACUACGUGCAUGCAUUCAUUUAAUAUAAUUCAUUUAAGUCAAUUCAAUUAAUUAUUCGCAUGAUCGUAUACAUAGUAUUAUGACAGGCCUUAUUUCAAUUAGGUACCUAUAGUUUAGAAUGACGUAACCUUGAUUAUGGAAAGGGCUCGGUGAGUGGAUGAAGUGAAGCCAGCGUACUCAGCUUAGCCAGACUAGUCGCGCGGCGUGGCCUCGCCUGCCGCGGUUGCUUGCUACCCGACAUCCUAAACAUAAGGGGAGCAUGCUUUCUGAUAAGUAUUUACCUUUUUCGCUCUGACGUGUAAUUGCGUCCCCUCUUUAAUUAGGGGACUUACUAAAAUAUAUAUAGGGGAUACUAUUCAUUACAAAUAAUAUGAAUUAUAUUUGUUUAACUAAUGCCGCUCGUGCGUAUGGUUUAAAAGCAAAGAAUGUAAUAAAUAAAAUUAUAUUAGUUUAAUGUUAUUUAAAAUGUUUACAAUGCCGUCAACUUGGUCUAUUGUAUUGUAUAAAUUCGUAGCAUUUUUUAAUUUAGCGAUUCUGAUUUUUGUUCAUUAAAGUUUUUUAUUUAUUUCCAGAGAUAAGAGUUAAAUGAAAUAAAUAUCUUGAUUAAUUUA